UGCUCUCUGUUUGCCUGUGGCCGCGUCUUCAAAGUACAAUUUUCGUCUCCAUUUUCUUUCGCCUGCAACACUCCUCUUCUGCAAAAGAGAAUCAGAGAGAACAUGGAGAAGAUGAGAAUAGAAGAGGUUCAGUCAACUACCAAGAAGCAACGCGUUGCUACUCAUACACACAUCAAAGGCUUAGGCCUUGAGGCUAGUGGAAGAGCAUUGCCUUUUGCUUCUGGUUUUGUGGGACAAGCAGAGGCAAGAGAAGCAUGUGGCCUUGUGGUUGACAUGAUAAGGCAGAAGAAGAUGGCUGGCAGGGCACUCCUCCUUGCCGGUCCACCCGGUACCGGAAAGACUGCAUUGGCACUAGGGAUAAGUCAAGAGCUUGGAACCAAGGUUCCAUUUUGCCCUAUGGUUGGCUCAGAAGUAUACUCGUCCGAGGUAAAGAAGACAGAGGUUCUGAUGGAGAAUUUUCGACGGGCUAUUGGUCUGCGUAUCAAGGAAAACAAGGAAGUUUAUGAAGGAGAGGUAACCGAGCUCUCCCCUGAAGAAACUGAGAGUGUAACAGGCGGUUAUGGUAAAAGUAUAAGCCAUGUAAUAAUUGGAUUGAAAACUGUGAAAGGAACCAAGCAACUGAAGUUGGACCCCACCAUAUAUGAUGCCUUGAUUAAGGAAAAGGUAGCUGUUGGAGAUGUUAUAUACAUCGAAGCAAAUAGUGGAGCUGUGAAAAGGGUGGGCCGAAGUGAUGCUUUCGCUACAGAGUUUGACCUUGAAGCAGAAGAGUAUGUCCCACUUCCUAAGGGAGAGGUUCACAAGAAAAAAGAGAUUGUUCAGGAUGUAACGCUACAUGAUCUGGAUGCUGCCAAUGCACGACCUCAAGGUGGGCAAGAUAUUCUGUCUCUUAUGGGCCAGAUGAUGAAACCUAGGAAAACAGAAAUCACUGACAAGCUGAGACAAGAAAUUAACAAGGUUGUCAACCGAUAUAUUGAUGAAGGUGUAGCAGAGCUUGUCCCUGGAGUUCUAUUUAUUGAUGAGGUGCACAUGCUAGAUAUGGAAUGCUUUUCCUAUUUGAAUCGUGCUUUAGAGAGCUCGCUCUCUCCAAUAGUAAUUUUUGCUACAAACAGAGGGAUAUGCAAUGUGAGAGGGACCGACAUGACCAGCCCUCACCAUUAUCCUUUGAACAUAUUGUUCUAGCCUAUGGUUUUAUUACCUUUGGUUCAGAUUCUAGCUAUUCGUGCUCAAGUAGAGGAGCUGGUUGUUGAUGAGGAAAGUUUAGCAUUCCUCGGGGAAAUUGGACAACGGACAUCUUUAAGGCAUGCUGUUCAACUUCUAUCACCUGCCAGCGUUGUAUCGAAAAUGAAUGGCCGAGACAGCAUUUGCAAGGGGGAUCUUGAUGAAGUUUGUUCGCUAUACUUGGACGCUAAGUCAUCAGCCAGGCUACUUCAAGAGCAGCAGGAAAAAUACAUCUCAUAAUUUUAAUUUCAAAAUGUUGGAAUGGCUGUUGCUUGGGUUUGAGUUAGUGAAACCGGUUCAUUCGACAUGGCCAACAUAAUUUGGUUUAGAGAUUACUUCUGUGUAUCUUGUUGUGAGAUAUAAUGGUAGCAGGCACCUGAGCUCAAGAACCUGAAAUGUUGGAGCAGUAAUGUGCUGCUGAAUUGAUGAAAUUGUGUGAUUAUUUUUCAUCACAUUCUGAAGAAAAUGGAAAUGUGAAGCGGCAGCAUGUUCCCUCAACUUCCCUCAUUUUCUUAUUUUUAGUUGUUUAUAAUAGUCUUAAGUCUUCCCCUUAUGCCUUUCACAAAUUCUUCAUGAUUUAUGGAAUAUUUUAGUAUGUGGUAACAUUGAUCAAAAUACCCCUUUUCUCUCUCAUGUGUGUUUCUGUUUGACUAUGUGCUUCUCUAAUGUGCACAUGAAUUGAUGAUUUUUGUUCAAAGAAUUUAUGCCAAUUAAAAUUAUAUUUGAUUAUGUUUA